AUAUCCACAUCCUUAACACUGAAUAACAAGUUAUUGGAUUUGUUAUAUACCUGAAUCCUUGGCUAUGACCAAUUGGAUCCCUGGGUCCUCUAAAGGAAAGGUGCUUCAUAUAAAUAGAGCUAUAGCAAUGACCAUGUAUCCAUUGGCUCCCUGUGUGUUUCUCACUCACAGUACCCAGCCCUGGCAGCCAGUGGCACUUGAGGAUGCUGGCAUGGAUGGUGGAGCGUUAUUGGAUUCACCCAGCCUCGCUGAAAGUCAGCAUACAAGGAUCCCCUUUGAAAUAAGCUUUAUUUGUACUCAUUUUCUAAAUGAGGAAACAGGUGACCAAGAGGAGUACCAUGACUUCUCCGAGUUACACGAGAUGAAAGAAGAUGCAGCUGGACCAGGUCAUCUCAGCCAGAAGUCACUUCGCCCCAGUCACACGACCAUCAGAGCUCUGGGCUGGGACCAGGCCAUGACUGUAUACCACACACAUGAUCUGGUUACUCUAUACCACCCCCGCCAAAGAGGAAUGAUGACGCUACAAUCGCAGGUGAGAAGCAAGACUUCUCCUAAAGUCACUCUGCUACUGAGAUAUAUCAAUACUGUAGGGCGGCCGGUGGCCUGUAUGCCUUCAUGUGCACUAGAGGAAAAAGACAGCUCCUGGCACUUCCCCACCCUGUGUAGACACGGUCUGAUGGAUGGGGCUUGGCCAGCAGAGUGCAUGCUGGACUCAGCCGUGAGCCCUUCCCCAGGUGCCCUGUGCAGCCAUAGGUGGGAACACAAAGUGGUCUGACUCCAGGACUUGUUCUGUUUCUCCUCCAUCCCAUUGUCUUCGACGAGUGCCUCACCACCUUUUCCAGUUCCGGACCAUUUGGUUGAGACCAAAGACUCCAAAGGCCAAGCAUUGCAACCUUCCAGCAACGACUAGGUAGCAGCAAGGCAUUGUUACUCACCCGUCGGUGUGCCUGUCUUAUUGAGCUGGAGCUGUGCUUAAUUCGUACUGGAACAUAAUGCAUACUAGGUCAUAAAAUCUCUUUGUUAGGAAAAAAAUAAGUCAACGUAGUGAUGCCAAGUGUUGUCACGGCCAGACCUCUUAGGACGAAGAGAGUUCUCUGCUCAAGCAUAAAUUACUAGUAAGUGGGUCUGAGUGGUACAUCACCAUAAAAGCCAGUGAAAGGAGUUGAAUUUUUGCAUUAGCUCACAGCCACUAGAGAUCUGACUUUGAGAACGAUUUUUUCCCCCUGAAAACAGAUUUUUUAAAUUGAGGUAUAAUUGAUAUAUAACAUUAUGUUAUAACUGAAUCACUUCGCUGUACACCUGAAACUCACACAACAGUGUUAAUCAACUAUACUCCAAUAGAAAAUAAAUUUUUUUUUUAAAGACCAAAAGAAAACCACCCCACUUCAUAUUCGUUUCAGGUGUACAACAUAAACAUUCAAUAUUUGUAAAUACUGUGAAACGAUCACCCCAGUGUUUAGUUACCAUCUGUCAGCAUACAAAGUUACAAAUCUCUGUGUGUGUGUGUGUGUGUGUGUGUGUGUGUGUGUGUGUGUGUGUGAUGAGAACUUAUAGGGUUUACUCCUUGGCAACAAGAACCACUUCCUUGAAAGAAAAGUCAGACUACAUUGGAUUUCUCAAUUCCCAAUAGAAUUCCUACUUUGGGAAUUCGCAGGAGCUUUUGUUACCAACUGCAUCCCCGAGUGAUUCCCCUCUCUUUCUAGAGGUGGACAAGUCUCCAAAGUGCGUCCACAUGAGAGUCACUUGUCUAGGAUCACAAACUGCAGACACGAGUCCAAAAUGAUGGCAGCCCCGCACAUGUGUAAAAGAUCAUCUGAACACAGAACUGCAGAGGACUGUGAGAAUGGAAUCUGAUUAUCCAAAAGACAUGGUAAAACAGUUGUGACUGCGCCAGAAAUAUGAUAAGCUAGGAGGAGUGGAAACAAAUGACUUUAUUGAGUUUAAAUAAAGGGGGGGGAUGGAUCCCACGUGACCCCAGUCCAGAUAUUAUUCUCAAAAGACCAUGUUCGGGCUUCCCUUGGUGGCGCAGUGGUUGAGAAUCCACCUUCCAAUGCAGGGGACACGGGUUCAAUCCCUGGUCCAGGAAGAUCCCACAUACCACAGAGCAACUAAGCCCGUGCGCCACAACUACUGAGCCUGCGUGCCGCAACUACUGAAGCCCACGCGCCUAGAGCCCGUUCUCCGCAACAAGAGAAGCCACCGCAAUGAGAAGCCCGUGCACCACAACGAAGAGUAGCCCCCACUCACCGUAACUAGAGAAAGCCCACGCGCAGCAACGAAGACCCAACGCAGCCAAAAAUAAAUA